UACAAAAACACAACACAAAAUGGCUCACAAUAUCUCCCCCUUUCUCUCUUUCCUUGCAAUCCUAGCAGCCCUACAACUGGCUACAGCCGUGGAUUAUACAAUCACCAACACGGCUGAAGCUACUCCUGGUGGUGUCAGGUUCACCAAUGACAUCGGUGUCGAAUUCACCACCCAAACUUUAGCCUCAGCCACAAGCUUCAUAUGGACCACAUUCCAACAAGACACGGAAACCGACAGGAAGAAUGUAGCAAGCGUAACUAUGUUCAUUGAUGACAUGGAUGGUAUCGCUUAUGCCGUUAACAAUGAAAUUCAUGUUGGUGCAAGAUACAUUCAAGGUAUCACUGGUGAUGUCAAGACGGAUAUCACUGGUGUUCUUUAUCAUGAGAUGACCCAUAUUUGGCAAUGGAAUGGUAAUGGUCAAGCUCCGGGAGGAUUGAUUGAAGGAAUUGCAGAUUAUGUGAGGCUAAAGGCUGGGUAUGCGCCUGGCCAUUGGGUUCAGCCCGGGCAGGGAGACAAAUGGGACCAAGGGUAUGAUGUGACUGCAAGAUUCCUAGACUAUUGUAAUGGUCUUAGAGAUGGGUUUGUGGCUGACCUUAAUAAGAAGAUGAGAGAUGGUUAUAAUGAUGGUUUUUUCGUUGACUUGUUAGGAAAAACGGUUGAUCAACUAUGGGCCGAAUACAAAGCUACUUAACGAAUAUAUAUGUUUGGCUUCUAGAUGUGUUGAAGUUUCAUAUACGUAUUUCUAGUUAAAAUAAUGGACCUUUAUGUUUUGUGUUA